AUGCAGCAGCUCCCGCCGCACAAGCGGCGCGGAGGAGGAGGAGGAGGAGGAGGAGAAGAAUUAGGAAGAGGAGGUUCGGCGGAGGGCGGAGAUGAAGGCUUCUGUCUAAACCUCUGCAGGCAGCGGCCGGUACCCGGCCAAGAGCAACCCGAUUCGGCCCAAAAGCUCCACUCUCCCGAUGACGAGAGAGGCUCCGGGCCGGGCAACGCUUCGGAACUGAUGCCCUUCGGCUACAGGGAUGAAGUCGGAGCUCCCAAGUGGUUCGGUGCGCCCCUGGCACCGGCCUGGGGCUCCGCUGGGGGCCCCGGCAGCAAGGCAGAGGCGACUGGGAAAGCAGGGUACGGAGCCCCAGCUACUGCAGCUUGCCCGGGGGCGCUGUCCACUGCUGAAGCCCCGGUGGCGACCGAGGCCGAGGACUCGGCACUCCCAGCCUGGAUGCGCCUCUACUUCUACGGGAUGCACGGCAUCACCUUGGACGUGCUCAUCUCGUCGGCUCAGGGGUUCCUCCACAGCCCUGACCUCAAAAUGCUGGGUUUCUCCACUCCCUACCACUGUCUGCUGCACUCGCUCACCCAGUUCGCCCUGGAGAAGGUCUACCAGCAGCGGCGCCGCUGUCCCAGCACCUUCGCCUUUAAUUUCCUCCUGUACCCCUCGGCCCACUUGGGGCUGCAGACCUUGGUGGGCAAGGCACUGCUGCUGAUAAGCCACGGGGGGCGACAGUUGGGCGAAGCGGCGCCGGGUGCUCUGGAUCUGGCUCUCCAGUACGUGCUGGCAGUCUAUUACUCCCAAGUGUUUCUCAAGAGGUUCCUGCGCUUGCGAUAUCGCCGUCCGCAGCCGCAGCCACCCUGGCGCAGCCCCCCUCCUCUAUCCGGCCCUGGGACAACUGCGGCGCCCAGCAGCGGGCGGCCGCGGCCCCGGGGUGCUGGGGUGGUCGGGGGCGCUCCAAGCCAAGGACUCCCUGACCUUCUCCGCUUUCUUUUCUUCGGGAUGCAUGGUUUCCUGGACGAAAUCUUUUUCACUUUCUUCUUUAACCUCCUGGGACAGGAGGACGGGGCCAUCAAUGGCCACACUUCGCUCUGGUCCUUCUUUAUGUACGGCAGCUGCAGCUUCGUGGUGGAAAAGCUGUACUUCUACCUACACUAUAGCCGAGGUUGGGGCACCUGUAAGAGGAUUCCCAUCUACAUUCUCUUCAUCUACACGUGGGAAUUGUCUUGGGGCCUGGGACUCCGCAUGUGUGGGGGCUGCUCGUGGGACUACUCUCACUACCCACUGAAUUUCAUGGGGCUCAUCACCCUGAUGUAUUUGCCGGGUUGGAUAUUUCUUAGCUUCUACCAGGACUUGCUGUCCAAUGUGUUGUGGCGUGUGCAAUACAUACCAGUUAAAUGAACCACAGAAAGUAAUAACUGAAAGUCUGGAAACAUUU